GGGCACAGCCGGGCAGCGCUGCGCCGGGGCCGGUGGUACGCGGGAGAGCCGUGCCGGACUGUGGCGUCCCUUCCCCGGCUGUCCUGCGGGCGAGGCACCUGGAGGGGCAUCGGCGGCGCCCGGAGCGGUGCGAGACAGAUUUUGACCUGAAGGAUUAAUUCUUUGCAUCUCUGUAAAGAGAUUUGGGAAGAGAUACAUACACCUCUGGAUCUUGAGCAAAGAAGAUAAAUGGUAUCACAGUUGGCAAAGAAAACAAUUUUUUUCCUCCAAGUGAGUCCUGCAAGACUGCUGAUUUAGAGCUCUGGAGAGUGGAUGACUGUCCUGUCCCAGGGACUUCAAGCCUUUUGAGGAGGCUUUCAAGAGGAAGAGCUACUAGAUUGCUCCAAUUAACGCGAGCUUCACUGGGAAAAAGAGCAGAGCCUGGAGGAACUGUGAUAGGGAGCAACUCUUUUCAGAUACCUGCAUUAAAUCUCAGAUGUGGUUUUCUGCCAACUGCUGCAGAGGAGAAGAUUAGCAGAUAUGUCCAUUGCACUGAAGCAAGUCUUUAAUAAAGAUAAGACCUUCCGUCCAAAACGCAAGUUUGAGCCUGGAACCCAGAGGUUUGAGCUUCACAAACGAGCUCAGGCAUCUCUCUACUCAGGCCUGGACUUGAAAGCAGCUGUGCAGUUGCCCAGUGGAGAAGACCAAAAUGACUGGGUGGCUGUUCAUGUGGUUGACUUCUUCAAUAGGAUCAACCUAAUUUAUGGAACCAUCUGCGAGUUCUGCACAGAGAGGACCUGCCCAGUGAUGUCGGGAGGCCCUAAGUACGAGUACCGCUGGCAGGAUGACCUGAAGUACAAGAAGCCCACAGCAUUGCCAGCACCCCAAUAUAUGAAUCUUCUCAUGGACUGGAUCGAGGUGCAAAUCAACAAUGAGGACAUAUUUCCUACGAGAGUAGGUGUUCCCUUUCCAAAGAACUUUCUUCAGAUCUGCAAGAAGAUACUCUGUCGGCUUUUUCGUGUGUUUGUUCAUGUCUACAUCCAUCACUUUGACCGCAUCAUCCUCAUGGGGGCUGAGGCCCACAUCAAUACCUGUUACAAGCACUUUUAUUACUUUGUGACAGAGCUCAACCUCAUAGACCGCAAAGAACUAGAGCCUUUGAAAGAGAUGACAGCCAGUAUGUGUCACUAAAAACUGCCCACUGAAGAAAAGUCCAUUUUCCUUCCUACUGCAGAGUUCAAGAAUGUGACAGCCCUCAUGCACUGAGCCUGCUUGUUAAUCCCUGGAAGUUGGGAACCACAGUUACUUGCUUCCUUCCACUGUCAGUGUUCUUAACCCUGAAGAUGCUGCUAAGAACCUCAUCUGAACAACAUGGAUUAUUGAGAAAAAGAAAAAUAAUAUUAGUUCUAGCUCCUGUAUUAGGGAUAAGAACCUCUUCAGCCACAAACAAUGGCAGUGCUCCUGCUGCUAAAGCUUUAUUGAAAUUCAGGUCCCUGGGCUGACCUCCAGAUUAGUUGUUUUGAAAUGAAAUUGUAUUGUUAGCUGCAAUCUUACUUUCUUUUUCUAUUACUUCUUGGUAUAUGCUUUCUUUCCUAGCUGUAGCAGACUAUUAAGAUGCUCUGGAAUGGAAAAAGACUUAGCCUUUAAUGCCCCCCACCCUGCACCAGGCCACCCAGGGCUUGGCCCCCAUUCCCAAAUGCCAAUGAGCCUUGUGUUUCCAGGAAGACAGCCAUGUCCCUCAGCUGAUCAGUCAGUUUGUGUUUCAUUGUGACUUGUAAUUGAAUGACAAUGGGAGGGUUUUUGAUCUCAAUUAUAUGAGCAGGAAUCCAGAUGUAGCUAUGCAGUGCUGAGGUAUUUUCCUCCAAUUCAUGCUGUGACUGACAGCAAAUAUGCCUAGUAUCUCUACAUUAAAAAGAGCUGUAGUCAGCAUUUUCCUGAAGUACUCUAUGAAGACACCAAUCUGUCAUGUAAUUUCAUAGCCUUCUGUUCCCUUAGAAACAGGAUCCUUCUCAAUCACCCUAAAGUUUCAUCUUUUCAGAGAAAAAGAAAUUUAAUUUUUGUAACUUGGCAGAAGAUACAGCAAAGGUGAGUAGUAUAAAGGGUAGAGCAGGGGGGAAUAAUUGACAGUCUCUGUUGCACUAAGCAGUGUCCACCAGUGUGACUUGCUUUUCAUUCUGGACUAACAUAAUUUUUUUUUCCAGAACUCAAUCAACUUAAUCAAUACAUGUAUGGACAGCCUGGAAGGAUCUGUUGCAGUAAAUCAAGUCUUCUAUACCAAAUAGAAGAGGCUUUCUUCUGAAAAAAAAAAAAAAAAAAAAAGGUGAUACUUAACAAAGGGAUCACAAGAGAGAUACUACUGAAUAAAUGUGAAUCCGGUGGAACACACCUAUGUAUUUUGUGCCUUGUAAGGAAUUUUGCACACUUGUGUUAUUGUGAAAGAUUACUUUUCCUGAGUAAGCGCUGAACCCUGUUGCUGCCUUCUCAACUGAGUUAGGUAUAUUUACAUCCUCUGAAACAGCAUGAGAAGAAAAUCUCAUGGAAUAUCUAGUGAUUGGAACAUUUGACACAGAGGGGUAGCAGACACUAAAGAAUAACAGCAAACCUUUUCUAGCUCAUGUUGUAGCACAUUCUGAUUUACUUGCCUGCUUGCUUGAGUCUGGGCUUGUAACUAUAAGUGAUCACAUCUGUGUGGGGGAAAAGUGCUUUUGUCUGUGAACAUUUAGUGUAGCCAUGGUGGAGGCUUUUCUGCGUCUUUAGAAUUAUGCAAAAGACUUUAUCCUUUGGUUUCAAGGGGAUGGACCUAAGUGUUCCUACCUCCUUUGGUGGUCUUUGCAAUCAGGUUAAUUUUUUGGGGAUUGGAAUGUGCACACUGAUAACUUUUGGCCUGCUGGCACUUUUACAGGUUGUAACUAGUUUGUGGAAUUUGUUGCCACAGCUACUGCUGAGCUCAGUUGCCUCAUUUUAAAGAAGAUGAAAAAUGUUCUAUCUUUGGAAGACAGCCCACUGGUUCAUGUAGAUGACAACUGCCUGGAAUUACAACUUCAGUUGCAUAUGAAAGGGUUUCCUGAACUCCUCCAAAGUGCCUGGGCUGCGGUACUGCUUGAGAUGGAGCUGUAGCUGAUACAGUGCUCCUGAAUUUUGCUGCAGACAGUUGCCAUGUGGUGUUCUUAUGGCUGGACAGCAUGAUAUUUGAAAGAUUAACAUGAAGAGGCAAAUAUGUGGAAUUGAAAAACAUGGUAUUUUAUGCAUAAUUUAUGCACAAUUUAUUCUUCAUUUAUUACACUACUUAGUAUAUGCUGGUUUGAGUCUGUUCACUGUAGCUCACUCUAGAAGAAGAUUAAGCAGAAUUACAUUCACAGUGAAUGCAAAAAGACUGUUGGAGUCUUUUUUUUUUUAAACUGUUUUUCAUAAACUCAUAUGUUUUCUUUUCUUGUACAGCACACUGUAUGAGUCAAAGGAGGGAAAUGCAGAAUUGAACCUUAGAGGAUUUGUGUUUGACAUGAUCAAAAUUCCUGUAUUGGGAAAAUGCCAUUAUAACGCAGAAACUGAACCAGCUGCAAAGGAGUGCAAAAUUUACUUGUUUUGCUUGGUUAUUCUACUGGGAAGAACAUAGAGUUUGAUUCCUCUGAAUGGCAGGGUUUGGCCUUAGGAGCAUCUCCCAGCAGGUAUCUUCCACAGCAGAGGUGUUCAACCACCACCUUGCCAUCUCGUGCCAUGAACCAUUUCUCCUAGGAGCUGAUAACCCAAUAAGAAUAAUGUCUGGACUGUGACAUGACUACAUAAAAGUGUCAUAUUACCCCUUCCCAUAGAAGAGAGAGGGGCAGCAUCCUCUUGGAUCUUGUAAUCCCAGUUUCAUCAGUAAUUUGCUCAGGACCACAAACAGACAGAAUUCUGUUUUGGUUGUUAUUUGUCUUUCUACGAGAUCUUAUCAUUUUUGUAUGUCCCUAAUGAUUCCAGCGUUCCUUAUGAUUCUGGGAUUGGAGAAGGUGGGAGAGAGAAGGGAUAAAGAGGUUAUUAUUUAGAUUCAUUAUUUGUUGUAGUUUUGUAAUCACCUUUCUUUUCCUUCAACUGGAUUUUGUUCUUCUUGCUUAAAAAGUUUGGGGUUUUUUUGGUACUUACCUUUGGAGUUGUGUUAGUGUUAAGCUUUAAGGCACUAUAAGAAGGAUCAUUUCAGGUGACUGGGACCACACUCAUCAUUACUUCAGUGUGAAACGUUCCUAUGAUAUCAAAAUUGCCUUCAGUGGUUAAAGACUUUUAAACUUUCUUUGAUUGUCUCUGUAAUAAGAGAUUUUGUAAUGAACUUCUGCUUUGUGUGAACAUACAUUAGUGUCACUGUAGUGGCAAAUGUAACAUGAAAAAAAUCUAAACGUAACCUCCCUUAGGUUUUAUGAAGGAUGGAGUCCCAGGAUCUAUCAAAUAGUGGGGUGAAACUAAUGUUUCCUAUCUAAUUUUAUAGAAGUUGGGGACUUACAAAACUUAAGAGUUUUCUCCAAGAACUCAAGCUCUGAGCAGCAAAACUUACACCUGACAAGAUAUUUGAUUCUCUUGACCAAUGGAUUCAAUAAGAACAAGGCAGGGAAAGAGGAGAAAACAGUUAAAAUGUAACUCUGUAGGGGCCUACAGACAACAGCUGAAGAUGUGCAGAAACCUAAUGAGGAAACAUUGUCCUCAGCAAUCACAAAUUCCAGAUCUGUGCAAAGGAUACAGAGAAAGGUACCCUUUGUAACUGAGAAGCCAUUAUUACCAAGUCUCUAUUAAGCAGACUUAAAGGAUCUUUUAGCACUUUUGUACUUCAUGCUGAAUAAAUUACACAUUUUGGAGCCCUCUCACAAAAAUCAAUUCCUUCCUGUUGCUUUUUACCUUUUCUGCGUGUUUUUGAGGUCUCAGGGCCGGCCUUCUGCCUUUCAGUGUUCCUUUUGCUUCCCCAAGGACAAUGCUGUUACAAAACGUACCUUUCUCACCUCUCUCUGUGCCUCCAGAAGGGCUACCUCUCACUUGUGCCCUCUGAAGAGAGAGGAUUAGCAGUGCAUUGUCUCUCCAGGAAACCAGAGGCAAAAGAGCGGGAGGUAUCUACAAGAGCAGCAAAACAGAAGGUACUAUAGAAAUAUAUAAAAAGAUACGCUUGCUGUUAUAUGCUCUAUGGGCUUUUGAAAGGGGAUAACACUGAGGAACCCAAUAUAGACAAGUGGUCAGUAUUCAGACAUUUUUUCGUAUAUAUUGUAAGAAAUUUUUAAUAGAAGACGUUUUAAAUAAUUAUGGAGACUAUUCAAGGGCAAAACAAGCCAAAUCAGCACUAAGAACCUGGUAGUGGUAUACAUUUAAAUCUAAAAUGAUCAAAAGUUAAUUUUUCAUGUAUUUUAUGCUAAAUAGACAGUGAUUUCCAAGGUUUAGCCAAAUAAGUUAGAGCUCUUACAGUUUCUUUUCUGUGUUUAAUAAGUUUUCCUGUUUUAAAUGCAGAUGUAAUUAAUAUAAUUAAAAGUUAUAAUAAUAUUCUCCCAGGGAAAAGAAAAAAUUACUUGUCCAGUCUAAUCUUUGUGUCUGUGUAUGUACCUGCGUGCAUAGAUAGAUAGACAGAUAUGUACCUAAAUGUGUAUGUGUGUGUUUGAGUGGGGAUAUGGAUGUGGAAGUAUCAGCAUAUGCAUAGGUACCCUCCCUGCUCUUCCCCAGACAAUAGAUUUCUUAAUUUUGUUAGUAUUUAAGGGAGAUGCACUUUUCUAAGAAAUAAGUGGUUGAUUCCUUUUUCUCCUCCAUGCAUCAACGCUGAUGUGUUUAAUUUUUAAAUUAAAUUUUAAUGAAUUUAA